AUGCCCCUAUUCAAGAAAUCCAAGGCGCCCGCAAAUCAGUCUGCUAGUCGUUUUCCCGCUCGCUCUGUUGAGCAUCUGGUUAACCCCACGGCUCCACCGGACAGCUACGUGGACCACAGUUCAGAUCACCGGACCUACGAGGAUUCCUCUAAAUCACAAUCAACCCAACCCGACAUAACUCAACCAUCAUUACGCCGUGCCCAGUCUCUACGUCAAAACCAACAACUACCAAAGCAAAAGCCACGCGCCCUUAUCCCGGAAGACUCCCAACGUCGCAUAGGCCUGUUUGGGCGGCCAAACUCCGGCCUUAUUGAUCGCAAUUCCUCCUCCAUCAAAGGGAUCAGACAGGUCUCACAACCCCUCUCCCAGCCAAGCUCACCACGACACGCCGAACACCAGAACAUCUACAAAGACGAAUCACCAACAGAUCCGCCCACUUACGAACCGCGGUCGACAUCUCUAGCGUACCAACAUCAACACCUUCAACACUCCCAGCGAUCCCUCCACCAAUCCCACCCCUCCGUCGGUAGCGAUAUCCAGGAGUGGUCGCAGCAGCCCGUGGAAUCACAACAGGGUCAGCUACUCAUUCCCCCAGGGCUCGAACGCUCCGGCACCGACCCCACGCUGGUCCAGCAGUACGGCCGACCGUCACCAACCGAGCGCACCCCGGAUUCUCCUCGCUACCUCCCCGAACACGGCCAUCGGGGCUCGACGUUGUCUCGCCCAGAGCACGAUCUGGUAUUAAAUACUUCCCGGCCCCCUUCCCGACAGACUUACGAGUCUCUCUCCCCAAGUCGUCACCAGAACCCUGACGCCAUGCAACAGGCCUCCGCGCAGGCGACACCAGGCCAGACCGAUCGAUCGGGGCAAGAGCGUAGAGGGAGUACCGCCCAGAAUAUGCCGGCGGAAAUUAGCCGGAACACCCCAUCUGGGCCACGACGAGAUGAUCUAGAGAACUUGGAUGUUCGGGCAUUAAUUCAAAAGCAUGAUGAACUACAGAGCAAAUAUUCCAAGGUCAAGCGUUACUAUUUUGAGAAAGAGGCACAGGUGCAGCAUCUCCAGAACACGGUCGCACACCAACGAAUGGCCGUUUCUCGUACGGUGCUCGAUGAUAAUGAAUAUACAAACCGAUUCCAGCGACUCGACGGGGCCAUCAAGGACCUGGCGUUUUCCGUUCGCAAGGACUGGCGGGUCGUUCCCCAAUGGCUGCAUGGGCUGGUAACGGACGACGCGGUGACGGUGGGAACAAAGGAAAUGAUGGCGCUGGGACGUGCAGUCGUUAGUCGCUGGUUGAUGAAGGAGGUAUUUGAACAGCACUUCCAUCCGGGGCUGGAACCUGGUCUGAGUAUGCAAUUGAAGAAGAUCGAGAUGAAUCUCCGUCGACAGCAGAUGCGACCAGUGACCGACGAGGACCGUGAAAACGCCAUUGCCAAACUCUCCAACUGGCGUCGCACCACCUUCGACGGACUUGGUGAUCUACUGGCAGACUCCACCGCCCAAGACCACCGUGCUGAGCUGAUCGAGCAUUUAACCGUGGAGCUGGCCACCUUUCUCAGCACACAGCUGCAAGACCAGGCGCUUCCAGGACUGGAGGCCGGUGUGCGAAUGAUCAUCGAAAACACAAUCAACAUCAUCGAAAAGAUCCCAUUGGAAGCCCGUGAUGUCUGCGUUGAGUACUUCCCACCCAACAUCACCUUCCACGACAACUACAUGAAAGUGGAAGGUCAACUACCACCACUCACGCAACAACCCCCUCCCCCAGCAGACCAAGAAGUGGACGACGACGGCGACUCCUCGCCCGCCUCAACCUCCACCGGAACUAAUGCCGACGGAACAUGCCCGGCCCCACGCGAACCUAGAAGACGAUCCGUCUUCGGCGCCUUAAUGGGCCGUCGACCCGCCAACGACCCACCCUCUCGCCCAGCGGGAGACAAGGCAGAACAAGCCGAGCCCUCGCGCAUCCGCUUCGCCUCAUUCCUCACCGUCGAAGUACGCGGCAAGGGACCCGCUACAGUCCUGAUUAAAGCCCCCGUAUGGCUGAUCGAGUAA